CUUGGCAUUUCGUUGCAAGAAGUGUCGUGCGUGGCAUUCAUGCUGAUUUAUAGUGAUAAAAGUAUUAUAAAUCGCAGAUUAGGAGUGAAAUAAUAAUGUCAGAACACGUGCUGCCGGCCGAGGAGCCGAUUCGGUUCAUAUCCCCAGUCAUUCAGGAUAAUCCGACAGGAUGGGGACCGUGCGAAAUGCCGGACCAGUUUCGCGACAUGCCUUACCAGCCGUUCAGCAAAGGCGAUCGGCUAGGCAAAAUAAGUGAUUGGACCAUGGUGCAGGACAAGAAAUACCAAAACAAGUAUGCAUCCCAGUUUGGCGCAGGAUCGUCAUAUGCAUACUUUCACGAUGAGGAUGAAUCAACAUUCCACCUGGUCGAUACAACUAGAGAUCAAAAGCCGCCAUACCAACGUGGACGUGCCCGCGGCCGCGGCCAGCGUGGUGCGCGCGGCGCUCGCACGCCUGGCGGCAUGACUACGCUGAAUAAGCAACGUGACCGCAAGAUGGGCAAGCGCUGGGGCCAGCGCGGCGCCCCGAUGAAGAUCCGGGACGCGUCCGUCACCGUGCGCCCCACCUGGGUCACCAUCGAGGACAUGGACUUCCCCAGGCUCGCCAAGCUGUCUCUGCCUGGCAUCAAGGAGGGUGAGGACAUCGCGUGCUGCGGCGUGCUGGAGUACUACGACAAGGCGUACGACCGCGUCAACGUCAAGCACGAGAAGUCUCUGCAGCGCAUCGACCGCAUCUUCCAUACGAAAACUACCAAUUUUACGAUUUUCUACUUUUUGAUAUUGACGGCCUCUUACACCGACGCCAUCUUGGCCACCAUCAUGUGCUGCACGCGCUCCAACUACUCCUGGGACAUCGUCAUCGAGAAGAUCGGCGAUAAACUGUUCCUGGACAAGCGCGACAACACGGAGUUCGACCUGCUGACCGUGAACGAGACGUCCGUGGAGCCCCCGGCCGACGACGCCAACUCCAUCAACUCGCCGCGCAACCUCGCGCUCGAGGCCACCUUCAUCAACCACAACUUCAGCCAGCAGGUGCUGAAAUCGGGUCCGACGGAGCCGAAAUACAAGUUCCCGGAGCCCAACCCCUUCGUGUCCGAGGAGGAGGAGGGUGAGGUGGCGUCCGUGGGCUACCGCUACCGCAAGUGGAACCUCAACAACGGCGUCGUCCUGGUAGCUCGCUGUGAACACGACGCCGUAAUGCAGGGGCCUCAGAACGAGACCCAGUUCCUCACCAUCAAGGCCCUGAACGAGUGGGACAGCAAGGUCGCCAACGGCGUCGAGUGGCGGCAGAAGCUGGACACGCAGCGCGGCGCCGUGCUGGCCAACGAGCUGAGGAACAACUCCUGCAAGCUGGCCAAGUGGACCGUGCAGGCGCUGCUGGCCGGCUCGGACCAGAUCAAGUUCGGCUACGUGUCCCGCACGCAGGUGCGCGACAACGCGCGCCACGUCAUCCUCGGCACGCAGCAGUUCAAGCCGCACGAGUUCGCCGCGCAGAUCAACCUCUCUAUGGACAACGCCUGGGGCAUCCUACGCUGCAUCAUCGACAUCUGCAUGAAGCAGAAGGACGGUAAAUACCUAAUCAUGAAGGACCCCAACAAGCCCCUGAUCCGCUUGUACGACAUCCCGGACAACACGUUCGAGUCGGACGCCUCCGAGGAGAGCGGCGACGAGCCCGCCGACACCCCCUUCGCCCCUCUCUACUCCUACGGAAACAACAAGAGGAUUUAGACGCAUACUCUUAUGAUGCCAAUACAUGUGACGCUAAAGCUCCGAUUUCGUAUAGCCUGGCGACAGUGGCGAGCGGUGGCCAUAGGUGCGAACGGAACGUCCCAUCACUGUAUCUCGCUCCAACCUGUAGCCGCCGCUCGCCACUGUCGCCUUAUACCAAUGUCGUGGCCGUUAGGAUAGCUGUGCCGUCAUAUAGCGGCCGACUCCAUAGUUCGUUCUAAGAACCAGAGCUUAAGCAAAAACUAUAUAAUUUGAUAGAACCCCACACGCCUAAGGUAAAUAUACCUUUCAUAAGCCACAAAUCAGCUAUUAUCUAGAGGAAACAGGUUUCUAGUGUAUUUAUCACAGUUUAAUAAGUAUUCAAUAUGUAUUUCAUAUUUUUAUUCAACAGAAUACAAUUGUAUGGUCACA